GGGGUGCGGGCCGGGCCGCCGCGCCGGGCGCCGCGGGGGCGUGAGGUGGGUCCGGGGAGUCCCACGGGAGGGCCGAGAGCCGGGCCGGCGAUGCGGAGGUGAGUGAGGGGCCGCGGCGCCUCCGCCGCCCCGGCGCCUUGCUCGGCGGCGUCAGGCUUUCUGCUCUGGAUUUGGUUCUUUUCAAAAUGAAUACUGAACCAUUAAAGACUGGACCCUCCAGUAGAAUUUUUUAAAAUUUUGUUUUAAAAUUCAACAUCUGCUUUGUUUUUUUUUCCUUCUACUUGGAAGCAUCUACACAACUUUUAAAGUUUUAAUCACAAUGAAUUCGGGUUUAUGGAGUCAAGAAAAAGCAAGUUCCUCCUACUGGGAAGAGCGUAUCUUUUACUUGCUUCUCCAAGAAUGCAGUGUCAUAGACAAACAGACUCAAAAGCUCUUGAAAGUGCCGAAAGGUAGCAUAGGCCAGUUUUUUCAAGACCGUUCUUCUAUGGGGCACUCCAGAAAUAUUCCUUGUAAAGGCAAGAAACUGCAGGUUGGAUUAAAGAUUCUGGAACAACCUCAUGCAAUCCUGUUUGUGGAUGAGAAGGAUGUUACAGAAAUAAAUGAAAAAUUGGCUGAGCUACUUUUGGCCAUUACUAACUGUGAGGAAAGAUACAGCCUGUUUAAGAGCAAAAACAGGUUAACUAAAGGUGUCCAAAUAGAUAUUGGCUCAGCUGUUAGAGUACAGCUGAGGUCAGGAGAAGAGAAAUUUCCUGGAGUUGUUCGCUUCAGAGGACCCUUGUUGCAAGAAAGGUCCCUAACAGGGAUAUACUUUGGAGUAGAGCUACUGGAAGAAGGUCGUGGCCAAGGCUUUACUGAUGGACAGUACCAAGGCAAGCAGCUUUUCAGAUGUGAUGAGGAUUGUGGGGUUUUUGUUGCUUUGGACAAACUGGAGCUGGUGGAAGAUGAUGACAAUGAACUGGAAAGUGAUUAUGCAGCUCCAGUUGACACAAUGCAGGUAGAACUUCCUCCUCUGGAGAUCAACUCUAGGGUUUCUCUGAAGAUAGGAGAGAGUAUAGAGUAUGGGACAGUUAUAUUCUGUGAUGUCUUACCAGGAAACGAAAGUUUAGGAUACGUUGUUGGAGUGGACAUGGAUAAUCCUAUUGGAAACUGGGAUGGAAGAUAUAACGGAAUACAGCUGUGCAGUUUUGCAAGUGUUGAAAGUACACUCCUUUUGCAUAUUAAUGAUGUUAUACCAGAAACUGUGUCGCAGGACAGGAGACCUCCCAAGCUUGCCUAUACCUCAAGAGGUGGUGGUGACAAAAGCUUGUUCAACCACAGUAAGCCAAAAGCUGCAGGAUCUACCUCUGAACCUGGGAAUAGAAACAGAUCUGAAGUCUUCUACACAUUAAAUGGCUCAUCAGUUGAUUCUCAACCUCAAAUGAAAACAAAACCUCCAUGGUAUAUUGAUGAAGUUGCUGAAGACCCUGCAAAAUCGCUCACUGAUUCUUCUCCAGGAUUUGGGCAUUCUUCACCACCUCUGCAGCCACCUUUAACAAACUCUGUGUCUACAGAAAACAGAUUUCACUCCCUCCCUUUUAGUUUGACAAAAACCUCGAGUACUAAUGGUAGUAUUGGACACAGUCCUCUCUCUUUAUCUGUUCAGUCAGUCAUUGGUGAUGUAAAUACUACAGCUAACCAGGACAGUCCAUCAACAGCAGGUCCUAUCAGUAACUCGCAUGGUCUUGAAGCAGGUUCGCUGGCUGAAGUUAAAGAAAAUCCUCCUUUCUAUGGAGUAAUUCGCUGGAUUGGCCAGCCCCCCGGAGUAAACGAAGUAUUAGCUGGACUAGAACUGGAAGAUGAAUGUGCAGGUUGUACAGAUGGAACGUUUAAAGGAACUCGAUACUUCACUUGUGCUCCAAAGAAAGCUCUUUUUGUUAAACUCAAAAGCUGCAGGCCAGAUUCCAGGUUUGCCUCACUGCAGCCAGUUUCCAACCAGAUUGAACGCUGCAACUCUCUAGCCUUUGGAGGAUACUUAAGUGAAGUGGUAGAAGAAAACACUCCUCCAAAAAUGGAAAAAGAAGGUUUAGAGACAAUGAUUGGAAAGAAGAAGGGUAUCCAGGGUCAUUACAACUCCUGUUACUUAGACUCUACCUUAUUCUGCCUGUUUUCUUUCAGCUCCGUUCUAGACACAGUGUUACUCAGACCUAAGGAAAAAAAUGAUGUAGAGUAUUAUAGUGAGACUCAAGAGCUGUUGCGGACGGAGAUCGUGAAUCCUCUUAGAAUAUAUGGAUAUGUCUGUGCUACAAAAAUAAUGAAACUGAGGAAAAUACUUGAAAAAGUUGAGGCUGCAUCAGGAUUCACUUCAGAAGAAAAAGAUCCAGAAGAAUUUUUGAAUAUCUUAUUUCACCAUAUUUUAAGAGUUGAGCCCCUGUUGAAAAUAAGAUCAGCAGGUCAGAAGGUACAAGACUGUUACUUCUAUCAAAUUUUCAUGGACAAAAAUGAGAAAGUUGGAGUCCCAACAAUCCAGCAGUUACUGGAAUGGUCUUUCAUUAACAGCAACUUGAAGUUUGCAGAGGCACCUUCUUGCCUGAUUAUUCAGAUGCCUCGAUUUGGGAAAGACUUCAAAAUGUUCAACAAAAUUUUUCCCUCUCUGGAAUUAAAUAUAACAGAUUUACUUGAAGACACUCCCAGACAGUGCCGUAUAUGUGGAGGGCUUGCUAUGUAUGAGUGCAGAGAAUGCUAUGAAGAUACUGAUAUUUCUGCUGGGAAAAUCAAGCAGUUCUGCAAAACCUGCAACACCCAAGUUCAUCUUCAUCCCAAGAGACAGAGUCAUAAAUUCAAUCCAUUGUCACUUCCUAAAGAUCUGCCAGACUGGGAUUGGCGACAUGGUUGCAUCCCAUACCAGAAGAUGGAGUUGUUCGCUGUUCUCUGCAUAGAAACAAGCCACUACGUCGCUUUUGUUAAAUAUGGGAGGGAUGACUCUGCCUGGCUUUUCUUUGACAGCAUGGCAGAUCGGGAUGGAGGUCAGAAUGGUUUUAACAUUCCACAAGUUACUCCAUGUCCAGAAGUUGGUGAAUACCUAAAGAUGUCUCUAGAAGAACUGCAUUCACUGGAUUCCAGGAAAAUCCAAGGCUGUGCACGAAGACUGCUUUGUGAUGCUUAUAUGUGCAUGUAUCAGAGUCCAACCAUGAGUUUAUACAAAUGAACAAUGGUCUCUGGAAAACUGAAGUAACAGUACAGAGAUUUCUGCUGUUGCAUUUACUGUACUCCUUGGUUAGUUGUAAUGCAGCCGUUGCUGGCAAUGGAUGCGAAGACAAGGAAGAAGUUGACUCUGAGAAAAAAGGAUUACUGUUCCAAAAACUACAUGUGGAGUUUUGUCAUUGAAGUAUUUAAGCAUUUUGCACUCUAGGAAGUGUGCUUGUGUGUGUUUGUUUUAUAAACAAAGUUUAAAUGAAGUUAUUAAAACUUAAAGCUUUAAGUUAAGUGCAUUGAUUAUAUACAGACUUUUUUGAAAAUAAGUGGAAUUGUAUCAGGAGAAAACUCCUUAGUCCUUUAAGAAUGUAAAGAUAAUGUGUUCUCACUUGGUUUAUUUCUGUGGACCAAGGAUGAUGAAUUUCUUCUGGUCCCCCCAACACCUGUGCACCACUGCCACCAUCGCAUCCUCCAUCCAUCUAGCACCAUAAAUUAACUGCCUUCAGGAGAGAAUAACUACUGCUUUAGUUUUAAAUUGUUCAUUGCAUAUUUUUUCCAUUAGUCUACUCCAUUACAUUCAGUCACACAUUCACAUUUUAAAGAAAUUAAUAUCCAUUUAAAGAUAUAAUUCCUUUCUUGUGAAAAUCAAGCACACAGACUUCAUAUCUGUUUAGGAUUUUUUGAGGGGGGCAAAAAGAGGGUAUUGAGGGGAAGCAUAAUUACUGAAACAGAAAUGCAAGUUAACAGAUGUCUUUUUCUAAUUGUAUAUUUUUAAAGAAACAAAGCAGACUGGAACAGAACAGCAAAUAGAUCCAAAUCACUGGGAGGACAAAACAAAAUACAGAUUGCCUCAGGGAAUGUUACUGAAGUGGACUGUAGUUCUUAGUAAAACAAAACUGACUUUUUUAUGGUAUGUUAAGCUACUACUGGGGGGGGGGGAAAUACAGAAUAUUACAUACUCCCCUCAUUUUUUGGGAUUACUAAUGAAUAUUCAAGACCUUUGCAUGGAAAGAUAAAACCAGAAGUGAAAAUAGUUCAGAAUUUUACUGGAUACCAAGUAGCUAAUGAAAACUAACCAGAAAAACUAAGAAAACUAUCAAUGUUUAAAAAAAAAAAAAAAAAAAAGGUGGAAGUCUAUUGGUGCCAGUUUGCAAUGAAAAAGUUUUAGUUAAAUACUUCUGUCUGCACUGAUUAGCAAACAUGCAACAUGUGCACUCAGAAAAUCUGAUUGUACAAAUAAGUUAUAAAUUGCAUAUAGAUAAGCUAUACAUUUUCAACUCAAGAAACAUCAAGAUGUUUUGAAAGCUUGCUCAUUGGGAUCAAGUCUCUAGAAGGAAAGGUCAUAAAAUGUAACACAAGAAAACCCAGUUUGAUCUGCUAUUUUAAAGGCAAUGGAGACUGAUCCUGCAUUGUAGAAAAUGUGGUUACUUUGUGGUUCUUGAAAAACCUAAAAUACUUCUUGAGGAUGUACUUUACCACAGGGCAGUGUGGGGCAAGAUUUGAAAAUUAUACCUGAAGGACUAAACCUGUCAGCUCAAAGACUGGAAAGCUGUACUGAGAGAACUAGUCUCUUCCAUUGGCUGCUGGAUGAAGUGUGCUCUUAAUUUUUUCACUCUCAGGAGCAAGGAAGCUUUUUAAAGUAAGUUUCACUGUUUUGCCUCUAGUAGUCUCCUGGCUUCUAUGGUCACUUGCCUCAUUAAUAUAGUCUGUGCUGCUCAGUAAAACUGCUGAUUCUUUAGUUUCACUACCACUUAGUGCUCUUGACUGCUCUUGAAAAACUUCAGACAGGCUUUAGGUGGUAGUUUCGGUAAAUGUCCGCGUCAGUGGAAGGGGUUACUGUCCAUUGGCUCCUCCUUGGCCAUGUACUGUCCUGCUUGGGGACAGAAGCUGCUAAUGCUCAGGUCUGCUGACAGUGAUGCUGUGGAAGCAUCUCUUAGGGAAAAUUAACCCCAAAAGAAUAAUCUGUAAAGAGUGCAUCUUGGCUAGGCCAGUCUGUGUUUGUUAAAGUGGUCUAGAGAACAUUUAUGCAACCUCAGCAGAUGGUAUGGUGACUCAUCCCCUUGUCUGUAUGUUGAAGAGGAAGUCUGGCCACAGCCUCCAGAUAUCAUAAGUGAACUUUUUAAGUAAAGCAAACAGGCAAAAGACAAGAAUACAAAAAAGGCAAGAAUAAUUCAAAUAUAAAAUAAACUUCUAACUCAUUACCUACAAGGUUACAUUGUUCAAUAUCUUCAUCCCUCUAGCCCCAACAUGACUCUCAGCUGUACGGAAAUUGAAAAGCAGUGCCCUCUUACAAACAGGAAGCAAGUAUAAAGGAUUUACAAAAUGAACAAGCACAAACCUGUUUAAAAGGAAGACCACCAGUUUUGAAGAUGUGGACCUUUUCUUCCCUCUGUGUAGUUUUCUCUGUGCAUUAACUUUUGUAUGGGCUGUCUUCAGCUCUUGUACCCUUUUCCUGCAGUUUCACACACAUCACCUAUAAGGUGAUGUAAGUUAUACGCGUACGUACUUCUUGCCUGUUCUUAGCUCAGAGAUACAAUCUUUGAGCUACUAUGACCAGAGGGGGAGAGUUGGGCUUGGCAACCAUUUUAAAGUUUUCUGGAUGAAUAAUCCUAUAGCAAAAUGUAAUCCAUCCUUUUUCACAACUGCAAACAUCUGAUGGCCAUGUUUUUUUGGACUGCAUAUUCUAUUAGUAGAAGUGAAUUUUAAUGUGUAGAUGUAAACAGUCUCUCUGGCUUCUUGUCGCCAAGCUUUUGGCCUUCGAUUGAAAAGGGAAAAGAUGACAUUUGAAAUCUUGCUGUGGUGUACGUGGAGAACUUGCACACAAAAAACUGAGGGAAUUUAAAUGUAUUAUUGCACACACUGACUAAUACUGUGUUUUGAAAUGCAGGCAGUAAAAUACUACCUGCAUUUUGUACUACUUUAUAUUAUUGCAAAGCAGUACAUAGUUUUGCAAACAGUAUAUGGUUAUAUGAUCAGUUUAUUAUUAAGAAGACAGAAAUGUCUUCUGUAGGGUAAAUACUGGUUUUGACAAGUGAGUCUUUCUUCAUUUUAAUCCAAAAAGCUUCUAAGUAUUGCUCUGUGAUGUGCUUCUGCAUAGGACAGUGUAUGCAAAAUGCUAUGGAAACUAACCCUAACUGGUUUCCUUUCUUAGAAGGGGUUAUACAGGCAGAAAGCUAUUUCACUUGUGACAGCAAACCUGUAAAAUAAGUUAUAUACAGGAGUCAUAUAAACUUUUUAGACUUCAGAAUAUAUUGUAGGGGAAUUGAAUAAGCUAUUUUUGACGAAACAGCCUGCAUUUUAAAGCACCUCCUGCUCUUAAGUGUGAUGCCCAAUGAUUCCAGUGACUAAGCACCCAACUUCUCUUUAGUGCAUUUGGGAACCUUCCUUCUCAUUUCUUGGGUAUUUUUUUUUAAUGGUAGGUCUAACCAUAAAUUAAUAGCAUUUAGAGGAUUACUUCAUUGUUCAGCUCUUAAACAUUGCUAACAAUGGCCUUAAUCUAUGAGUAAGGAAACAAAGAAAAUACAGUUCCUGACAGCCUGUAAAAAUAUAAAGUACCUUUUUAUAACUGGGGAGAGAAACUGCGCCCCUAUUCUUAACUCUCAGCCCCUACUCCACCAAUCAAUUUUAGAAACUGAGACUCAGUGGAAAACUGAACAAAUCUCUGCAGUACUUACUGCUUAUUUUGAACCUGGGGGAUAAAGGGUAUUAAUUAAAGGUGCUGCCUUGCAUGUUGCUGUAGGGAACAGUGUAGGCUGCAUCAGAAUGCUGCCAUCUUUUGGUGUGGGAGAUGGUAAGAGGAAAAAAUACAUAUGUUCAGUUAAGAUAUUUCUAAUAUAUUUGUGACACUGGUUCUGAGCGCUUGAAAACAGUACUGUGUUUUACUAAAUAGGCUGAGAGAUUGCCAAUUUAAGCAAGUACUGUGUAACAGGAAUUACUCAUAAUCUUAACUGUUUGGUUCAUUUCAAUGCACUUAUUUUUCUUGUGCACUUUAUACUCUGCUGAGUAGAUGAACUUGGUAACCACGUCUCUAAUGAUAGCCUGUUUAAUAUAAUGUUAAGGCACAACAUGCUGCAAAUGAGAAUUUUAUGGUUUCAGAACUGACUUGGUGUAAAAGGCAGCCUUGAAGGCUGAGUGUAUUUUUACCAUUGUAACAAAGCAUGUUUCACCGUGCUCUUGAUAUUUUGCUAAAUAAACAUCCCAUGUUUUGUGCACCAAUGGUUUCUUAAACUUACAGAUGCUAUCUCAAAGAAUUGAUUAGGGAAACGGUUGUAUCAGGUUGCCCUGGACUAGCCUUAUUUCCCUCUCCCCCCCCCACCCCCCAGUAAUGUUAGAGAAACGAGCUGCUGCUGGAAAGGAAUGUACCGUAUG